AUCACUCCCGUGCAAUAAUACUCAUUCCGUAGGAAGGUCUGACGAUUCUUUUGGUUUGGUCUGGCCUUUCACUCCAGCCGUCGAGUAAACUGCGGAGAGAAUCUUACACGAGCAAACUCACGGCGGAAACAUACUCAGGGCGAUGACUAUGUGUUUCAGACUGUAUCAGCAUGAGCGCAUCAACACUGCUUCAGAUUGUCCUAACCGGCACGCAAACCCACUACGAAAACAGAGGCUUAAUAGAUGAUAAGAGACUCGAUCACCUCUUGAGAUGCGGGAAACAAAUUCUAUAUAAGUCCCAUCAGGAGAGCGAUGUACGGUCCGCGCUAGGGUUCAAUCCCCGAGUAUGGGAGGGACUUACUCGAGUCCUCAGUGUGGCCAUUCCAGCCCUUGAACAACAAUCCUUUGCCUGGAAAAAUCCUCCUGCCUCGAGUUACAAUGGAAGCAGUUCGGAGUUGAUCGCAGCGCAUUACCUUUCACUGGUCAAGGAUAUCGAGCGGCUAAAUGACCUUUGCACUAUUGCGCGUAACCUCCUGGCGACGACCAAAAAGGCUCAGAACUUGGCUGCAGAAAAGAGUUUCGAUCAACAGAUUCUCAAAUUGAUCGAUGUGUGUGUUCGGGUCACAGCAAGAGGAUAUGAUGGCGAGGCGAACCCGAGAAACGAGGAGAGGUGGCAGAAGGUGGUCAAUCUGUACAAAAGACUGCUGAUAACAUGUCUACAAUUCCUACACAACUUCAUAAUGCACAACGAGCAGCGGAAACUGGUACUCUGGCUGGAUCUAUUCGGUCAAUCUCAGACGCAUGGAAAUGAAGGUAAUAUUGUUCAAGAGCCUGAAAUGGAAGACGGGGUCAAUAACGAAGCUACUGCGUCGCGAGAAGACAGGAUUCAAUCUGCUGCAGAAAAGUUGGCCUCCCAUGAUCAGCAAGGGUCGAAUGGCGAAUUGGCAUACAAUGUGGAUGACGUGCACGCCCUGUUCGACAUGAUGAGCACGAACAAAGAACCGGAUGAAAAGACACAGGAAGCGGCAAGAGUGCUUAUGGACAAGAUUCGAGCCGACAUGGAGACUCUCUCUGGUAUGAGUGCCAGUCAACUGGACAGCAACCCAGAUGCUUUGCUCAAAGUUGGGGCGGAUUUGCGUGCUCAUAUGCCAGUUGGUCCAGACUCUACUGCAACAGCGAUUCCCAAACAAAUCGAACAAAAUGGAAGUCACCCAGUCACCAAUGGUACCAAAGCUAAUGGCCAGGCCCAUUCAACACACCCCAGCCGACUGCCAGACUUGGGCACAUACAGUGACCUCACUGAAUCUGGACAAGACCUCGCCGAAGAGGAUCUGAAGAUGUCCAGAACGGCACAAUCCGCGGCAGCGACGUUACAGGAAGCCAAGGACGAACUUAUGGCACGCUUACAUGAGUCGGCACCUAUUGUGGAUGAAAAUGGCGACCAAAUUUAUGACGAGGAUGGCAAUCCUGAGGGCGAGUAUGAUGACGACUUAAUGGACAGCGUCGAAGACAGCAUGGAAGAGGAAGAAGACGACGAUGAGGACUACCGCGGUUCAGGCGAUCAGGAGAGAGGUCUGCUCACCGACGUCCCUCUCGUUUUAGGGCCAACGGAAAUCGAGGCUCUUCCGAUGAUUAUACAGGCCGGUAUUGUGGACAAUUUUGGUUCGAAGAACGGCGAACGGCAAGGCGUGAAGAACAUGCAGGCCGUUCGGUGUCAUAUCCUCCUGGCACAAGAAGCAGGACGCAAUGUGCUGCGAGAACUGUUGAUAUUCAUUGCGGCCUGGGAUUUGCCUGACGACGAAUUCUACUUCAAAAUGAUGGUCCAGAUCAUGGAGGCCAUUCUCAAGAACGGAUUGAUGUCUCAUGCCUAUUCCGACUUUGGGCAGCCGAAAGAUAUCAUCUCUCCUGCACAAGCUGUGGUCAUCAAGAUCCUCACGCACAUUUUCCGGGCCAAAUACAGUCCUGCUUCGGCCUCGCAGGACUCGAACGAGCAACCUCCACCCAAACCACGGGUCCCUGCGCCGUUGAGCAGAGUCGACGUGUUGACAGUGCGGUAUAUCUUCAUUGUCUUCCGCGGCAAUAUCAUACCCGAGACAUGCGCUCUUAUUUACUUGCAGGGUCAGAUAAGAGCUGGCCUUGCCCUGGCUGAGGACUUCCCGCUCAAUCUCUGGGACAUGGAACGCGUUUAUGAAGGCGUUUACCAAUUCCUGGAGUUCUUUGCGGUUUUGACGGAGAACAAUGACUGGAAACGUCUGCUCGUGCAAUGGGAAAUUGUAUAUGAUUUGGUGACAUUGAUCAAGGAACUUGACAAUAGUAUUGCCAAAGUGCCGCUCACCAAGUCCAUGCCACCAGCAACGGCAAACGCGGCGACAAAUGGCACGACGGCGAUCGAACCAGAAUCUGCCACCUCGACAACUGCCGCUCCCGUCGCUGUUGAGAGACCGUAUGAUGCGGCGGCACUUGAUCCCGUGACGCAGCAACCCGCAGACCAAAACGUUGAGUCUGAGUCGCUACCACCACCUUCGAAUCCUUCGCCCCCGCCAGCAGUAACGGAGGAGCCUGCGGACUUUGAAUGGCGCAACCUCAAGAAAUUGAUUGUUCUGGUGCUGUCAAGUCUAGUAUGGAAGUCGCCGACAGUGCAGAAUCAGAUACGGGAGUACGGCGGUGUCGAGACGAUAUUGAGUUGCACACAGUACGAUGCAUGCAACCCGUACAUCAAAGAGCACGCCGUCAUGUGUCUGAAGUUCUUACUCGAGUCCAACCCGGAGAAUCAAGCACUCGUUUCGAGUCUGGAAGCACGAGAAGUCGCGCCGACUGAUACAGUGACUAAAGAGGCGCUGGAGAAGAUGGGUGCGAAUCUAGACGUCGAAAACGGAAAAGUCAAGAUCACGGCCGCGAGCAGGAAAGCUUCGUGGGUAAAGAAUCAAAUCGCAGAACGGGAGAGAGAACGGUCGAGAGGCAGUGUGAAAGAAAAUGGGCGGGUGCUGGGGGAGAUUGAUGAUGUUGCUGACCUCAUCGAUGAUACGCAUUUGCGUGAGGACAGUGGCACUAGUGGUAAUGGGACUGAAAAAGGAAAAGGGAAAGAAAAGGUCGUGCAAGAUGAUGACGACGAUGAGAUUGAGUUCAUGUGAGCUAUCAGUGCUGGACUAUGUCUCAUGUGGCUUUGUACAGGACUACUGGUCGACUACGACUAGAGCAUGAGCUGGUGUACAUGUAGAACUACUGCUGAAAUAUCAGUCUUGAUUGUCAAAUUGUCAAUCCCAGUCCUCAUUAGGACU